AUGUCUACCGCCCAGUUCGAGUGGCACCCCGCCAAGCUCCUCGAAGAUAACGCCGGUCUCCAGGAUUUUGCGCUGCUGGUCCUCAACCAGCCUCUGAAGAAUGGAGCUAUUCUACGCAGACUCUGGAAGAACUCAUCUGUGAGAGUCGCUGCCGAUGGCGGUGCCAACCGGCUCCAUCAGCUUUCCUCCUUUCAAGGGAAGUUUUCAAAUCUGCAAGCCAUCAUUGGGGACCUCGACUCCCUCUGCUCCUCAGUGAGAGACUUCUACUCCUCACAACCGACCCCAGCGCAGGUCAUCCAUGACACCGACCAGGAGUCGUCUGAUUUUGGAAAGGCCAUCACAUGGAUUCGGAAAACCCAGCCAAGUGCUCUUGACAUCGUCGCACUUGGUGGUAUUGGCGGCCGUGUUGACCAGGGCCUCAGCCAGCUCCACCACCUGUACCUGUACCAGACAGACCCUGCGUACGCUAAUGGCCGGAUAUAUCUCUUAUCUGGGUCGAGUUUGACAUUUUUACUGAAAUCCGGGACGCACAUGAUUCAUGUCAAGGAAGAUGGCGAGGAUGAGGUGUUUGGGAAGCACGUUGGGAUUAUCCCCUUGCAGGAGCCAAGUCGGGUUACCACCAAGGGUUUGGAGUGGGAUGUAACUGACUGGGAGUCGAAAAUAGGCGGAAGACUCAGCACCAGUAAUCACGUGCUGCCUCACACUAAGUGUGUCGAAGUUCAUACCACGAAAGAUGUACUGUUCACUGUUGCACUGCGCCCAGUCGAGGGAGAAGAGGAGGCGUGA